AUGCAUUCCAUGAAGCUCCUCUCCGCCAUUGCGGCUCUUGGUGUCACCGCCGUCUCUGGCGCCGCCACCUGCACCAAGGAUGUCAAGGUCACCCAGCCUACUCCCGUGAUCGACUGCAAGGUCAUUGAUGCCAACCUUAUCAUCGACAAGUCCGUUGCUGGCGAGGUCGUCAUUACCGGCCCCGAGGAGAUUACUGGCGACUUUAUUGCCAACGAUGCCUCUAAGAUCAUCUCCCUGUCGAGCAGUUCCAUUACCACCAUCGGUGGCAAGCUUUCCCUCGAAUCCCUCGAGGCUCUCCAGACUCUCCAGAUGGACGCUCUGACCGACGUCGGCGAGCUGAGCUUCAUCACUCUCCCCCGUCUCGGCACGCUCGUUUUCGGUACCAAGGGCGUUACUAAGAUCAGCUCCAUCCGAAUCAGCGACACCUACCUCAGCGAUCUGAGCGGUCUCAGUGUCGCCGCCGUCGAUAGCUUCCAGAUUGACAACAACAGGAAGAUCACCAGCUUCAACUCGGAUCUUGUUAAUGUUACCAAGGAACUCCUUAUCUUUGACAACGGCAACAACAUGGACAUCACCAUGAACAAGCUCGAGCUCGCUGCCGAGGUCCAGAUCUCCAACGCCAAGAACUUCGAAGUUCCCGCCCUUGAGCGCGUUACCAAGAGUCUUAAGUUCACUAGCAACCCUGAGCUGAAGUCUCUGACCUUCCCCAACCUCACCAAGGUCUCCGAGACCAUCUCUUUUGUCGACAUGAACAAGCUCACCAACAUCUCCUUCCCCGUCCUCGAGACCAUUGGUGGAGGUCUUGCCAUCGAGAACAACACCAAGCUCCUGGCCAUUGACGACCUCCCCAAGCUCAAGACUGUUUAUGGCGGUAUCAGCCUCCGUGGUAACUUUGACACCGUCAAGCUCCCCAAGCUUGAUACCGUCAGCGGCACUGUCGUCGUCACUUCCACCACCGAUAUCAAGGAGUUCUGCGAGUUCUUCAAGGAUCUCAAGGAUGACGGCAAGAUCGAGGGCAAGGAGACCUGCACCUGGAACAACCCCGAGGCUAACAAGGGCGGCGACGGUGGCGAGAGCGACACCAAGUCCGGCUCCAGCUCUGAUAGCCAGGAUGAGGAGGAUGCUGCUGGCAUCCUCAACGUUAACAUGGCCGCUCUGGCCGUUGUUGGUCUUUUCGCUGUUGCUCAGCUGCUGUAA